AUGGGCUGCAUUUACUCAAAAGGAGCCAAAGAUGUCAAAAUUAAGGACAAACUCCGGAAGAAGAUCAAAUGCAAAGAUAAGGCAUCGUCAAUGCAAUUCGUUGCUCCUUUACCCUCACAAGACGACGAUAAUUUCGACGGAGAUGAAAAGCUUGGAAACGGCGGUCAACUAGAUGCACCUGAAUGGCCAUCAUGGCUAGCUUCGGUUGCCGGAGAGGCUGUUAAGGGAUGGAAGCCUCGGCGGUCCGAAUCUUUCGAGAAGUUAGGAAAGAUUGGUGAAGGAACUUAUAGCAGUGUAUAUAAGGCUCAUGAUCUAGAAACAGGUAAAAUAGUUGCCAUGAAGAAGGUUCGGUUCGUUAAUAUGGACCCAGAGAGUGUUCGUUUCAUGGCCAGGGAAAUCAUUAUUUUACGGAAGCUUGAUCAUCCGAAUGUUAUGAAGCUCGAAGGGAUUGUGGCUUCGAAGACUUCGCGCAACUUGUAUCUUGUUUUCGAGUACAUGGAGCAUGACCUUGCAGGGCUUGCAGCAACUCCUGGCAUGAACUUCACUGAACCACAGAUUAAAUGUUACACUCAACAACUGUUUCGUGGCGUCGAACACUGCCAUAGCCAUGGCGUCCUGCACAGAGACAUCAAGGGCUCGAAUCUUCUGAUCGACGACAACGGAGUUCUUAAGAUUGCAGAUUUCGGUUUGGCUACAAUCGUUGAGGCCAAUUUGAAACAGCAGUUAACGAACCGUGUCGUAACUCUUUGGUACAGGGCACCUGAGCUUUUGCUCGGUGCCACCGAUUACGGAGUUGGUGUAGAUUUGUGGAGUCUCGGUUGCAUAGUUGCCGAGUUAUUUGCUGGGAAGCCGAUCAUGCCUGGAAGAACAGAGGUGGAACAAAUGCAUAAGAUAUUUAAGCUGUGUGGUUCACCCUCAGAGGAGUACUGGCAGAAAACAAAGCUUCCACAUGCAACAAGUUUCAAGCCGCAGAAACCUUACAAAUGCCGGAUCGCGGAGACUUUCAGAAACUUCCCUCCUUCUGCCUUGUCUCUUGUCGAAAAACUCCUUUCGAUGGAACCAAAAAAUCGAGGGACCGUUGCUUCAGCACUUAAAUCACAGUUCUUUAAGACAGAGCCUUUACCUUGUGAUCCAUCAAGCUUGGCAAAGUAUCCUCCCAGCAAAGAACUAGAUAUCAAACAUCGUGAUCAUGAAGCAAGAAGGUACUUUUUUUCAGUCCCAUUCGUUGUCACCUCCAUGAAAACUAGACUUGCGUGGCGAGGACCUGCAUCUGUUAGAAGAGGUUCAAGAGAUUUUAAGGCAGUGACUACACCAGAAUUCCUUGGCGAGGGACAGUCGAAUGGUGAGGAAGAUUCUACAGGAAACAGCGGCGAGUUAUCAAGGCAAAUGCUUCAGACAGCCACCGGUUCCCUUAAGCAAGGUGACAGAGCAUCGAGCAAAGGUUAUGCAUCGGGUUAUGCACCAAGGGGCAAGAAGAUCCAAUACUCAGGACCAGUGAUGACUGCUGGAGGAAACAUCGAGGAUAUGCUGAAAGAACAUGAGAGGCGUAUCCAGCAGGCCGUACGAAAAGCGCGUAAUGAGAAGUGA